AAAGUGUAGGAAAAUGUGAUACAUUCACGAAAUAAAAACAUACCCGGAGGUGUAAUUGGUUUAUUAUUGCGCGAAAUGUGCGAUUGUAACGUUUAAGGAUUAUGCAGCCCCUAACAAUCAUUAUUGAAAAUGUUCAGCAAGAAAAUCACCGAUGUAAAGAAGUCAACGUCGAAGAUACAGGACUCGAAAAAGGAUUUAGCGACCAGAAUCAAACAUUUAAAAAACAUCCUAGAUACUGUCGAUAUUGCGGAGGCUAAAGGUUUUUCUGAAGCUAAUUUUAGUCAUAUCUAUCAUAUUUUAUAUGAAAGUUUUAUACAAGCUGAAAAUAAUCUUCGACAACGGGAGCUGUCAUUUCAUUUAGUUCAUAAAGCUCACAAAGAAGAAUUAGAAUGUGCGUUAUGGAUCUUGGAACAAGUUCUUUCGUUGCUUCCGGAAUUAAUUCACAAACGAUGGCAGAUGCAUUCUUUAGGACAUAUAUUAACCAAACUUCUCGAUCCUGGAAACUCUAUAAAACUGCGAAGACAAGCAAUAAGAUACUUUUUGAUGUGGUAUCAAGCGUUAAAUGAUAAUGCGCCGGACUAUGUUCAUGCUAUGUUCGCCAAUUUGGUACCCGGAAUUUUUCCGAAAACAACGAAUUCGUCAAAAUCAACGACCGGUGCUGGGGGAAGUAGCAUUUUUCACGAUACAAGUUUACAAAAUCCGGUUACCGCCGUCGAAUCUCUUCCAAUUUUACCACCAUCAAGCACAGAAAGAGUUCCGGAACAAACAACGAGGUUAUAUUUAGAUACAGUUCUUGAAUUUAUGGUGACAACUGUUGUUAGAUUGGAAUGGCAUGAUAAAGUAUCGCAUCAUCAUCGUUGUUUCCAUUUUUUAUUGGAGAUGUUUAAAGUGUACUAUUUACCGAAACUUUGCCCUAAGUUUUGUUAUGAAACAUCGUUGUACAAUCCAAAUUUAGAGUUGCCAAUGUUAAGAAAACCGGAAGCGGAUACUGAAUUUAUUACUUACCGGGUUUCUUUGAUUAAAUGGAUCGCGAAUUAUACGCAUCAAACUAAGAAAUCAAGUGAGAGUCAACCUAAUUCGAUUUCAAUGGUUACAAAUGUAUCUCAACAAGAUGAUGAGCAUCAACAUGAUUCUGCACAACACAGUUUAGAUUCAAAUGUUUCAAUACAAAUGAGAUCAAUACCAACUGACGAUGAACUUGCAUCAAGAAUAGUUCGCGAAGUCUUAUACAAUUCACGCGAUAAUGUUAAUUUCAUCCAUGAAGUUUACCGGCAAGCAUUUUUAUUAAAUUUCGCACAUGCCAUAGCAAUACGAAAAGCGAUCACUGUUUAUAAAGAUAUUAUACAGAUGAAUCUCACCGAGUUGCCGCCGUACGCUCAAGAACCAAUGGAGGAGGUAGCUCGGGUAUCAGAUGACAACGUUCCUGAAGGUUUUCGACCUGGACGAUUACGAAAUGAUUCGUAUUUGGGUGCUAUUCAAAAAGAAAAUUUGUUGGUUAGAGCAGGAUUACAAAAUUUAUUGCAAGUAUUUAUGACACAUGCCGCUAAUGUAUUUUUGUUGGAAGUUAAUUCUCAUGUUCCAACGUUAUUAGAGGAACAGACUGAUGCUUGUAAAAGAGUACUUAAUAUCUAUAGGUACAUGGUAAUGCAUACUAGGAUGGAUAGUGGGACUUGGGAGCAAUUAUUAUUAGUAUUAUUACAAAUUACUUCGUUAGUACUAAGAGAAUCUCCACCAAAGAAAAAAGUUGCCACCUUAGGUGGAAAAUUAGCACCCGCAAUUUUUCAAACUCUCAUUGUCACCUGGAUAAAAGCUAAUUUGAACGUUACAAUUACUCGAGAGUUAUGGGAUCGAUUUCUUAACGUUCUUACAUUAUUAACUGGUUGGGAGGAAUUGAUAAAAGAAUGGGCUAAAACUUUAGAAACUUUAACCCGAGUCUUAGCAAGACACGUCUAUAACCUUGAUUUAACGGAUUUACCUUUGGAUCGUGUUAUCGAUUAUAAAAUGAAAAGAAAUCGACCUCGAGCUAUAAGUAAACAGGAAGGAAAUCGUACAGAAAGUGUAAGCGAGAGUAGUAGUAACGUUACGGUGUCUCGACAAGAUUCCAGUUUACCUGAUGGUGGUUGUUUGCCGAAAAUUACGCGAAAUGGGAUGUCAAGGAGUUUGAGUGAGACUAAUUUGGCUGUGAAGAGACGAUCAAGUACAAAAAAUCAGCAUCGUCAAAGGCGUUCACAUUCGUUGGAUAAUUUAAGACAAGCGGAUAAUGAAUCAACGGAUCGUACAAGAUCACCAAGUCCAGCUCCAUCAAGCGGAAUAGAAUCUAACUCGAUCAAAGAUUCGCCAAUACAACUUGUUGAUGUUUUGUCCGACGGAAACGUCCAAGAAUUAUCCGGGGAAUACCGCGGAGUUAUUUGCGGUGGAACCGUUCGCGGUUGGUUACCGGAUGUUGCUGUUAUUUUAUGGCGGAGGAUGUUGGGUUCUUUGGGUGACGUGAACCAAAUUUCCGAUCCGAAACUUCACGCCCAAGUUUUUGAGUACUUGGUGAAGUUGACGGAUACUUUGAUUAAAAUGAAAUUGAAUCAAGGAGUUUCUUUUGAUAAUCAAAGUACGCCCCAACCGCCGGAAUUGGUUCCGCCGUUAACGUUAAUUGUUCCAUGGUGUUUUGGGGCUUUAACGUUACCGAGUAGUUACGAGGCCGGGAAGUUGACGGCACUUCAACUUCUUUGCACGAUUACGUUGAAUUGUGAACCGCAACAUCGAGGUUAUAUGGCUCAUUUUUAUAGAGCUUUACAUUUAGCAUUAAAUAGUGCAUCGAAAUCAGCCGUAAACACAGCAUUACGACAUUUGGGCCCUCGAUUUAUGUCUCUUAAACUUCCCGGUUUCUCCCUAUUAAUAUUAGAUUUAAUCCACGCCUGUAACGUUAUCUUAAAUUCGUCGGAUUUUUCGAAAUCGACACCUAGAGCGGAAGCCGUUUCAAUUCUUGGAGCUCUACUUGCAUCCCCCGAUAAUCUCACUCAACUAUCGGUUUUAGAACCAAGUUUGGAUAUUAAAAUUAUUUCAUGUCCUGAUAUAAAAGAACACGUUGUAAAUAUUUUGUUACGAACGGGACGUCGCGAAUCCACAGCAAUGGCACGUUGUAUAGCUUUAUCAUCGUUGGGAAUAUUCGUUUAUCGAGAAUUAACAAAUCAAACUUAUCAUCCUAAAGUGGUCGAUGCCAUGAACGUAAUUCUAUUAGCUCUCAAAUUCAACAACAAAGUUAUAGUACAGUUAGCCAGUAAUACAUUAUACUUAUUAUGCGAUUACGCCGGAUUAUUAUGGUCUCAAUACCCUCGAAUAGCUGAUUCGGUGAUCCAAACCCUUUGUUCGGCCCUAUUUUUGCACGCACCUUUGGGUUCUACAGCUGGGGAAACGGAUAAAGCAUUAGGAACUGCUUUAUUAUUAUGUUUAGGAGAGUGGUGCAUGAAACUUGGACCUCAAAGGUUAUUAACAAUUUCGGAAUAUGGUGAUAAUAGAACGUGUUUAUUAUUGCUGAUAUUCACCGUUUUACAUAAAAUAAUAACUGGAAAUACAUUGGAUGAAUGUGGUGGUUUAACUCAACCGAAUUUCAAUGAAGAUUUUGACCCAAAUAUACUUUUAGAAAAUUUCGAUCACAACACACAAAGUAAUUCUCCAUCGCCUAAAUCGCAACAUUGCCAGAAAGCGGUUACGCUUUGCGCAAAAACGAUCUUAGCACAUUUAGUAACUCAUUUAGGACAUUUUCCAAUGGCUAUUGGAGCGGCGAGGUUGAGUUCUUUAGUCGCUGAACACGAUGAUGUUCCCAAUUUAACAUCGGAUGAGCUCUCUGCAAAUAUUUUCACCGCCCCAAACAUCCAGUUAUUUAUGUUAAAUCCAAACGUGGUGGCGAGUUUGGUUGAGUUACCCGCUUUAGAUUUACCUGGAGGUGGAGUAACAGCCGGAUUAUCAACUGCUAAUAAACAAGUUCGAGUUUUAUUAAGGGAUUUGUCAGGGAAAGCUUGUUGGGAUGCGUCUAUUUUGUAUAGAUCACCGGAUAGCUUAAAAAGUGUUCCAGAAGAAAAUAUUCCUUUCAUUAAGGAAAGUGGGGUUAAAUGGGGAUUGGGUAGUAUUCAACCGGAAAGUUUAAUGGUUGGAACUCAAACUCAUUUACCACAAAGAGCUAUGCGACAUCGUAAUCCGAAUAUCUUACCUGAUACUUCAAAUGCUGCGUUAGAUUUAGACCAAUUAGAUGAUCUUUUACAAUAUUUAGGACAUACAAGCCCCGAAUGUCUCGAAUCUUUCGAUAAAAAACUAAACGAACCCGCCUUAUCACCCGUAUCAAUCGAAAUAGAACAAGAAGCUAUAGCUUCAGUGAUUAGUCAACGAAACUCUGAGAUAGACCACAAUAAAACCAACCAACACCAAGAUGGAAUGAUCGCGCAACCCGCUUCGCGUCCCAAUAGUCGAUGCAGCCCCCAAGGAGAUACUACCUCGACGACAUCAUCAAACAAUGAAAUUACAACCCCUUCCAACGAAUUCCAACAAUGUCGAUUACUUUUCUCUCAAUUAGGACAAUCGGGUUGGGAACGUCGAAAGGACCUUCAUUUAUUAUCGAAAACGGAGCGAUUAUUGCGAGAAUUAAGGAAUUUGGAUAACCAACAAUGUCGGGAAACCCAUAAAGUUGCGGUGAUUUAUGUCGCUGCGGGACAAGAAGAUAAAAAUACGAUUUUAUCGAAUCAAGGUGGGAGUGCGGCGUACGAACAGUUUUUGGCUUCGUUAGCGUGGGAGGUUGAAUUGGAGGGACAUACAGGGUUUUUAGGGGGGUUGCAUAGGCAAGGAUCAACGGGACUUACUGCUCCGUAUAUAGCGACAAGUUUUAUGGAGGCUAUUUUUCAUGUUGCUACAAGAAUGCCUGGUGAUACCCCAGAAGCUGUUCUUAGUAAGACGCGUCAUCUUGGAAACGAUGAAGUCCACAUCGUUUGGUCCGAACACAACCGAGAUUACAGACGGGACAUAAUCCCAACGGAAUUUUGUGAUAUCCUCAUCGUUGUUUAUCCGUUAGGAAACAAUUUAAAUCGAGUUACUAUUAAUUGUAAACGAGAGGUACCUUAUUUUGGAAUUUUACACGACGAGGCGAUCAUUGAAAGUAAUAUUCUUGCUGGGGUUAUAAGAGCUGCGGUUAUUUGUGGUAGCCGAGCGAAACGAAGUACAUUACCACUUUAUCAACAAUACUAUGAAGAAAGAGCUCGAUCUUUGGAUACCGUCGUAACAAAACACAAAGAUAACACUACAUUCGAAGAUUUUAUUUCGAGGGUUUAUAGUCCAGUUGCGACUCCGAGCCCUUUUUGUACUUCAGGUUCAGCAAGCGGUGAUGCUUCAAUGUUAUGUAGCGCCCUUUUAGAUUCUCAUGGGCAUUCUCAAAAAGUUGGACAACGUGAACCUAAAUUUAGAGCAUCCGAUUUAGGACGAGGCGUCUGGUUUAAUAAUUCGGAUGUCUCGCAAAACAUCGAAUCAACGAGUAUAUCACCACGGCCGUUAAAGAAACUUUCGACGAGUUUAAAGAGUGUUCCGAGACGCUCAUUAAGACAGGAAACGUCCAUGGAAACACCACCUGAUAGUCCUACGCAAGCAAUUCGUAAAAAGUAAUGCGGUUAUAUAAAGUAGAAUUUUUUAUUUGCUUCUUCUCUUCUUGUUUAUUUUUUUUUUGAGUUAAGUUUUUCAAGUUUAAGUUUUUUUUCUUAAAUCAAAAUAAUUAUAAUUAAUUUGUUGUUGUUUCAAAAAUUUUAUGGGCGUUGUAUAGAUUUAUUGAAUUAAAAUUUGCACCUUGUAGAUUCAAGCAAAAAUACGCCUAAGUCUUAAAAUAAUUGUUCUUUUUUAACUGUGACAAUUUUCUCUAAUGUAAAUAUUUAAGGAAAGCUAACCAAAAAAAAAAAAUGAUAGAAAUUAGGCAAUAUAUCAUUUACACUAAGGUUUUUGCAUUUAUUGUCUGUGAGAUGUAUUUUUUCGCUAGAAAUUAAAACAGUAUUUAAAAAUUUUUCAAAAUAGAGAUAAAUAAUUAUGUAAGAUAUAAAUUCGUAUUCGAAAAGAUGUACAAAAAAAAUAAUUUGAUUUUAGUGCACCCCAAAAUAAUUUUUUUAUUAAAACAGUAUUAUAAGUUCUAAAAAAAUAUUUAUUUUUGUGUUUUUCUUUUUUUCUAUUACGUGUACAUGCAAAUGAAACCAUUUAAUGGUUGUUGUAUAGUUGUAAGAUAUUUUUAAGUACUUAUUUAUACUAAAAAAAAUUAAGCUUUAUUAAUAAAUAACUUAACACCUA